AUGAAAUCUGUGAUAGAUUUAAUGAAAUUGGUAUUUUUAAUAGCUUUUGUUUGCCACAUAUUUAGUCUUUUUUGGUAUGGGCUUGCUAUCACACAAAUAGAUUAUGGUAGAACUGACACAUGGCUUAAUUCUAAGCACCUUGUUGAAGAAAGUACCUGGGUUAAAUAUGUUUACUCAUUUUAUUUUUUAUCAGUCACUAUGAUUACAGUUGGCUAUGGUGAUAUCACCCCAUAGAAUUACAUCGAAGCGUUAUUCACAGUUUUGAUUAUGUUCACAACUGCCAUUUUUUGGGCUUUCUUUUUAGGAAAAGUAGGGAAGAUCAUUGAUACUAUCGCAAAACAAGAUAAACUCUAUAACAAAAAUAUGGGAAUCCUUCACUAAAUGAUGAGAGAAGAAAGAGUAGAUGUUAGUUUGAGAAUUAAAAUAUCUAAUUACUUAAGCUAUUUUUAUAAAGAAUUUAAUGAGACAUAGAAGAGCUAAGAGAAGAUUAUAAUUAGUAAACUAUCUAAGCAGCUUCAAGAUUAAUUAAUUUUAAAUAUUUAAGGAAAAUAUUUAAAACAAAUACCGUUUUUUGAAAAAUUGUACUCAAAAAAAGAAAUAGCUAUUAUUAUGGAGGAAGUUAUUUUCUCACCUGGAGAAUAUAUUUAUUAAAAGGAUGAUGUUGAUGAUUGUUCUUUAUAUUUGAUUGUCAAAGGAUAGGUUGACAUAGUUUUUACUUCUGAGAAAAGAGGAGAAUCUAUUAUUUAAACAUUAGAUAAAUUAAAAUAUUUUGGGGAACAAAGCUUUAUUUCUGGGUUUUAGAGAGAACUUUCAGCUAAAGCUGCUACUUUUUGUAGAGUAUAUAAAAUACCUAGAAAUAAAUUUCUUGAAACAAUAAAACUCUAUGACUUUGAUAAGGAGAGCUUUCAAAUGCUAUAAGAUGCUCUUUUUCUUAAAUAAAACUACAAGUUUUGCAACAUUAGAUGCUAAAUUUGUUAAUCCUACCAACACCUACCGCAAAAUUGUCCAAAAACUCAUUUUGUCUUAUCAAAAUAAGCUCUUAUAUGUAGACAUAAUCAAUCUCAAGUUCAUUUAGACCGCAAACAAUUUAGUAGAAAAAGCUUUAAAUUCUAAUCUUUAAAUUAAAUAAAAAAUUGCUAUUAAGCUAUAUUUUCUAUAAAUGACAAUGAAAAUUUUUUUGAAUAUCUUGAUUAUUUAGAGAAUCUUAUUUAAUCUUUCGAUAAUUUCUCAGUAAGUGAAUAAGAAUAGGAAUUCGCUUAAAUUUAUGAGAAAGAAGAUAAGGAAGAAAUUAAUGAGGGUAAAAAAAGAUAAAAAAAAUAUUCCUCUUCUAAACAAAGUCUUUUCACAAAAAUGACUCAGUAAGAAACACUAGAAAACUUUUAAGCUCAAUAAACAUACUAAUAAUAAUAAUCUAAUUUAGAAUCAUAACUAAGUAGCAUUCAAUAUUAAGAUGAACAACAAAAAGAAUAGGAAGAUGACGAUUAGUCUUACAAUUUGUUAAAUAAAUCAAUAAAUCUAAAUAAUUAAAUUAAUCUGCAGUAGAAGCUAAAUAGCGAAGCUUUAUCAUAAAUCAAUAAUCAAAAGGCUUAAUAAAAUUAGAAAAAAGCUUCAUUUAUAAUGAAUACAUUAAACAUGCAAGACAGUAGUAAUAUUUAAGUUUUAGAAGGAUAAUUUAGUCCACAAUCCGAAUAAGGAAAUUAAGUUGUUUCAGACUAUAUCUUAAACGAUAAUGAUAAUAAAAGUUAGUAUUUUUAAUCUAAUUUUGAGUCUCAAAAUUCUUUAAAGAGUAAAUUUCCUUCAAGACUAUUAUAGAAUAAUACAGAAAAAAAAUAAACUUCAUUUACAUCAUUCAAGGAACAUCCAAGUAAUAAUUUAGCUUAAAAAAGAUAGUCAAUGCAAGAAUCUUUUAAAUCUUAAUCCUAAAUUACAAAUGAUUUUAGUUAACUAUAGAUGAGUCCUCAGCCAGAAAGGGAAUAACAAAUCUAUAAAAAUAGCAAUUAUUAACAAUUGCAUCAAUAUACUAAUAAAAGCAAAUUAAAAUAAAAUAUCCAUCAAAAUCCUUUAAGUCUACAUAAAAUUUAAAACAAACACAUAUCAUCGAGCCAUUUGUAAAAUAUAUCUUAAACUGAUAUUUUAAACAGUUCUAAGAUAGCUCCUUAGAGUAUCAGUAACUUACCUCACUAAAUUCAAGUUCUCAUAAAACAAAGGUAAUCUUCUUUAGGUUCUGAAAUUUCUGAAUCACCACUCUAUGGUCAAUAAAAAAUAAAAACUAAAUGUCAAGAUAAAGAGUAGAUUCUAAUAGGAUAAUUAAAUGAUGAAUAAUUAAUGUUUAUUUCAAAAUAAAAGUAUGAAAGCAACAUCACUGAAUCUGAGAAUAAUUAUUUCGUUUUGUAGUUUUUUGAAAAAGCUCAUAUUUUUAAAUACUACAAUCCACAAAGUAAUUAUGAUCAUGUUAUUUUUAAGCAUUAAAAAGUUAUGCUAAAUAAUUUAAAACAAAGACAACACUUUCAAAAUAAAGAGAGAAAAAAAUCAAAAUUUAUUUUCUUAUAAAAAAAUUGA